AUGAAGAGUACAUAAGUAGAGAGGAUUAGCUUUUUUUAGGAUUUAGUUAACAAAUCGAGCAAUUUUUAUAAGCAAAGGUUAUAUAAUUUAAUAAGUGUUUUUCAAAGAAAUCAGUUAUUUAGUUACAUUACUCUCUCAAUUAAGUUCUUGAUAUUGCUUUUACCUUUAUUUAGUCAAGAAGAGUUGUUUAUAUACUUUCAAACAAGAGAGAGUAGUUUUAAAAGUUUCGAUAAUCUAAACUAUAAUACAAAUAUAAAGGAAAAUCAAACUAUAAGGCUUUCUUUUCAAAUAGCAUCUCUUUGUUUACAUUCAAUUUUAUUUUUAUAUUUGAUAAUUUAGUAUUUUCUAUUCUUUUAUGAGCAAAUUUAAACAGCGGAAAGAAAGCAGCAGCCAUUGCAAAUCAAUAAUUUAUAUUCUAACCAGAUAACUAAUGAUAUUAUUCAAAUACCAAAACACAAAUAGAAGCAGUACUUUGUUGUGGUCUUAUUUUCUAUAGUAUUCUAAAUUCACAAUGAUAUACUGCUGGUACCUUGCGUAAUUAUUUCCUCAAUGAACUACAAUCCUGUAUCAAUAGUAUCUUUAAUUUUAGUUAUUGUAAUAGGACUUAUAUGCACUGAUUAAGACUACGAUUAUCUGAUAUCAUCUAAAGAUCAUUUGGCAAAAAGAAUUUCAAAAACCAAUUAUAUAAGUUUAUUAUUACUAAUACUUGUGGGAAUUUGCAGCCAGUAAAUUAGCUCCUUGCAGACUUUAUCCCUGCUGUUAGGCAUUAUUUAUUUCAUAAUAUUUUGUAUUCAGCUAAUUUGGAAAUCCUUCUAUAAAUAAAUAACUCUAAAGAUAGUCUAAUUUGGUUAUUUAUAUUUAUCAUUUAUAUUUAUAGCUCUUUUCUCAUGCUACAAAUCGAGUAUUUCAUAAUUUUAUUGCUUGCUAAUCAUGAUUCUUAUUCCUAUUACAUACAAAAUAAUAAUGUAUUUAGAUGAAAUAUAUUAAAUUUAUCUCAAUUAAAAAAUGCAAUUACUAAAAUUAAUCCUAAAAACAAAAGAUAAGCAUUUGUUUGCCCAAAUUCACCCCUUUGAAUUAGAUUAAAUAAUGAGAUUAAUCUUUUAAGACUCAGCUAAUUAGAAAAAUGAAAGCUUUAAUCAGACAUUGCUAUAGUAGUAUUAUUUUGUCAAUUAGGAAUAGGAAGAUUAAUCUAUUUUAAAUGGCUCUAAACGGUAUGUAGUGAAAGAAGAAAUAAUAGAUGGUGAUCUAUAUGUAAAAAAAGAAUAAGCUUUUGGUAAUGAUGAGUAGUUAAAAAUAAGUUUAAAGGAAAUAUUCAAAAAAAUAUUUAAAAUUUUUUUAAAUGAAACUAGCAUCAGCUAAGAAAAAAAGACAGACAUUCGCUUUUACUAUCUAAUUUUUUUGAUGCAAAUCUAAUAGAUUCCAUAAUAAUUUCUAAUGUAAAUACACAACAAAGAUUAAAAUGAGAUGUCUAUUAAAAACCAGUAAAUGCUUGAAGUUUUAUUAUAAAAAUUUAAUGAGCAGCUUGAAUUUGAAUAGAAAGUUGAAGGAAAUACUUACAGUUAUUUUAAUAAUUCAUUUCUUCUUCCAAUAAUAUUCGAAUAAAUCACAUAAGAAACUACGAAUUAGCUUGAUAAGGCAAUAAAUAUUAAAUUGAAUAUUUUAUAUAUGAUGUCAAAUAAAUUUAUAGAUUUAGAAAUAUUAAACGAUAGAUUGGUUUAAAUUUACAAACUAAGAGAUAGAAUAGUGAAAAAUUUGAAUUCUUUAGCCUCUAUGAAUUAAUUAAGUGAAGAACUACACUAUUUAUAUAUGAAUUUCUUAGAAAACUUGUCAUUCUCAGAAAGGGAUGUUAAAAUAAACUAUUAAUAAAAAUAAUUAAAUUAUAUUUAGAAACAUUUUUUCUAAGAAGAUACAGGAGUAUUAUUUGUGUCUAUUUAAAAAGAACGUUAAAAUAUAAUAAAGAAAGUUUCUAGUUCGUUCUGUUCACUAUUCAAAGUGAAUGAAUCUGAUAUAAUAAACACUGAAAUCGAUAGAUUUAUUCCAUCUUAAAUUUAAUCAAAGCACAAAAUUUAUAUUUAAAGGUUCUUAGAAAACCCUAAUUUGAGUGAAUAGAAUAUUUAUAAAGAUAUGCUCUUUGGAAUCAUAAAAGGUGGUUACAUUCUUCCAAUAGAAAUGAAUUUAAGACUAACCUAAUUUAUAGUUGGUUCUGAGUACACCGAUGAUUUUGGAAUUACAGCGCUUAUUAAAGGAAUUAAAUAAAAUAGUGAGUUUAUCCUUUAUGAACAUUCUAAAAAAAAUAAAAUAGUUGGCAUUACUGAGAAUUUUCAUUAAACAGUGUUUGGUCAUAUUAAAGAUUUCAAAAAAAUUGAUUUAAAGAAAUUUUUCCCAUUUUUAAAAAACAAAAAUGCCAUUCGCUAGCUUUUUAACUAUGAAAAAACAUUAAAAGCAUUUAAUCACACUAACACAAAUAACUCUUCAUACUUCUAAAGUACUACUAAUGUGAAUAGCUUAAAAAAAAUAUAAACUUCUAAUAAUAUUAAAAAUAAUGAUUAAGAUCUUGUAAAUAACUCAUAAGGAAUGCAAUCGGAACCUGCUUAAUCUUCAAGACAUCCUUAGAGCUUUCAUAGUUAAUAUGAUAACUUGACAACAUUCUAUGAUGAAGAAGGAGAUUUUAAAAAUAAAGAAAAUGAUGAAGAUCAAUAAUAUGAAGAAGAUUUCCCUGUUGAUUUUGUGUUUAUAAUGAUCGUAGAAAAGCCACAGUCAUAAUUUUCUAACAUAUAAUAAAAGGUGAAUACAACAAAUUCUAUUCAAAACCUUUAUGCCUAAGUAAAUUUGUAAUCAAAUACAACAAAAGCCUAUUCAUUUUACUAAAUGAGAGUAAAUGUCAAGCCUUUUAGAAAUAGAUUACUAAAUUUAAAUUAUCUCGAAAUAGAUUCUUUAAUUGAAAUAAAUCCUGUUUUAUGCACUUAAACAAUUUUGCCCUUAUUAACAAAUAACGAAAUUGCUGAAAUAAAAACAAAUAAAUUUUCAGUCAAUUAGCACGAUCUUGAGAAGUUUAUAUUAGAAUUACAAAAUAUUCAAACUCUCACAUAGAUAUAGCAGUAGUAAGGCCCUGUCUCCAGUAUAUCCGAAGAAACAGAAGAAUAUGAUGAGGUAACCACCCCUUAUAUAUAUCAAAAAAGAAGGACUAAAGAUUUUUCAUAAAAAAUAAUGAUUAAUAAUGGAUCUUUUUCAGUAAAUGAAAAUUAAAAAAGUAAUGACUCCAAAAAUAUAUAAAGUAGCAUACCAAUUAACAAUAAAUCAAAGGAAUAGAUGGAAAAAGUUAUAGAGACUAAAGAAGAAAAUGAGAAUGAUUUGCUGUCUUAAAGAUAAGAAAAAAUCAUAAAAAAUAGAUAAAUAAACUAUGACAAUUAAUAGACAUAAAACGAUUAACAAGUUUAUUAAGAUGUAAAUUUUCCCUUAAACUCACCUAUUAUUAAUAGUGGCCAUUUAAGUACUAAUAAUAUGCCUUUAAAUAUGCUUUCUCCUAAAUCAUUAAAUAUUAUGAGCUAUUAGGAUCUAAAUAAUGAAUAUGAUAAUUUAAACUACACUAAAAAUAAUGAUAACGGAGAUAACUAUAAACAUGAGUUUUCAAUGAAUAAUUAGGUUAACAUUACUCAAACUAAGUAAAUUGAUGAUUAAACUAACCACGAAGCUAAUAAUUUGCAUAAUAAUUCUUAAAGCCAAAGCAUUUCGUAUAUCAAAGCCAGUACUUAAAUUUCGAGGAAUAAAUUGUUUUCAAAUUUUUCUGAAUAAAGUCACAUCGGGAUUGCAAGACAACAGAAGUUCUUUUCAAAAUAAUAGAGUCAAGUAGAUGAAUAAUUGCCAAGUGAGCACAAAAGCUCUGACAAAAAGGAAAAUUAAGAAAACAAGGAAGAAAAAGAUCUCUAAGAUGCUUUAGAAGUAUCUUCCACCCACUCUAGAUCUUCAAACUUGAGCUCUACAAAAAAAAACAUUAAAAAAAUAGUAAAAACUAAAAAAUCUCUGUUUGUUAUGAAAAUAAUCAGUAUUGUUGGCUUCUUGUGUGUUUGUGCUAUUAUUGGAGUGACUGUAUGGUAGUACUAUUAAAUCAUUUCAAUUUUCGAUGACCAGAUUUAAAAUUUUAAAGUAUUUGACUGGCCUAUGUAAAUACAAAGCUAAAUGUCAUUAAUUUAAAAGAAUGUAAAUUUUCAAACUUUAUUAGGUAGCAGAAACUAACUUCCAAUAGCCUCUGGUAAUAAUGUUACUCAACUAAAUUAUCAAUCUGAUUAAGAGCUAAACAGCUCAUAUAGUAAUAUAAUUAGACUGCUUUAGUAAAUGUAAUAACCCUCAUAGCAGAUUCAGAUUUUUUAUUACGUUAGAUAAACACCUUCUAAUUUUACCUAUAUACCAUAAAAGUUCGAUAAUAGAAAAAGACCAAACUGUACUUAAAAUGGUACAAAUACAGGAUAAGGAGGAACCGGAAGUUCUGGAACUAGUGGAGGGGCUAGCGGAAGUGGAAGUGGCAAUACAGGGACUGGUGGAAAUUCUGGAACUGGAGGUACAGGAACAGGUGGUAGUGGAAGUACAGGAGCUAGUGGAAAUUCUGGUACAGGUACUGGAGGAAGUGGUAGUACAGGAAAAGGCGGAAGUGGAAGUUCAGGAAAAGGAGGAAGUGGGAACUCUGGAUCAGGAAGUAGUGGUAGCACAGGUACAGGAGGAGGUGGAAGUGCAGGUACUGGAGGAAAUACUGGUACUGGAGGAAGUGGUAGUUCAGGCAGUAGUGGGAAUGCUGGAGCAAGUGGAGGUAGUAGUGCAGGAACAGGAGGAAAUCCAAGUACUGGAAGUGGUGGUUAGGGAAAUGGAGGUGGAGGUGGUGGAAAUAGAAAUUGUUCAGGCUAGAAUAAUACUAAUUGGUAUAAUUAAAGCAAUAAUUAGUUUAAUUUUAGUUUAUUUUAUUCCACUAUGCAAAACACUACUUAUACCCUUGACUAUAGUUUACUGCUUUAAUCAGAAAAUAUUUUUAGCUAUGCCUUUUUGAAUGAUGAUUAAGGAACAUCUGAAAGAGGAUUUAUAACAAAUAUGUUUGUCUUGAAAAAUUAAUUGAACACAGUUUACUAGUCAUCGAAGCAAUAAAUGUAUGAUCAGUUAAAUAAUACUUAACAAUAGUUAGGUCAAUUAAUGAUCAUUAUUAUGAUUGUACUUGCUUGCUGCUUAAUUGUUGUCAUUCCUUUAUUUUCUUUUAUACAAUCGAAAAGAGAAUAAAUAUUAAAGUUGUUUGCAACAUUUGAUAGCUAAAAAUUAGAAAUUAAGAUUAUUUAAUUAAAUACUCUUUAUUUUUAAAACAGCACAUCUCUUAAAAAGGGAAGUCUUAAUUUAAAGACAAAGUUAAAUUAGUAAAUCAUUGUGAAAUAAAAGUAAAUAUAAUCUUCUAAAAAGCAGAUUCUGAGCUCUACUUCAAGUUUACCUAGAAUAAACAAGACGAUUUUGGUAUUCACUGCUAUUUCUUAUUGUCUAUCUAUAAUCUAUCCACUAUUAAAUGAGUACAUCACUUCAAAUUACACUUAAUAAGGAAAAUAGAAUACAUAAUUGAUGUCUAAUUUAUUUGAAAUUCAAAGCUUCAUAUUAGCUAGCGUAGCUUAAAACUACUUUUGUCUUAUCUUAAAAGGAUUUCCUAAUAAAAAGUAGUUUAAUAUUACUUUGCAAGUUUAAACACUUCAAGAUAUGUACACAUAAGGAUAAAAUCUCAUAACUAAUUUAUAGGGAACAAUUUAAUAACAAGAGUUUAUCAACAGGUAUUAAUAAAACCUUUAUGAUAACUUUCUUUUCGAACUUUUAAAUAACAAUGUUUGCACUCCUCUUAACUAAUAUUAGCAAUUCUAAGAUUAGUAAAAUUUGAUUCCCCAAAGCAAUUGCACAGGAAUAAGAAAAGGAAUACUUAAUUAAGGAUUACAAAUAUCUCUUAAAAAGUUCACUGAGGUGUUUCCUGAUAUGCUUUCGAUGUAUUAAAUUACAGACAGCAAUAUAUUUACAUAGAAAUUUACUGCAUAUUAAUCUGCUUUUAACUUUGCAGAAUUCAAUACAUUUGCAACUUAUCUGGCUCAAAUAAUUUCAGCAUUGAGAACAUUUAUAAUUUAAAAUAGUGAAGAUUACUUCAAUUAUAUGAAAACAUUUUAAAUUGCUUUGUUAAUAUACUAAAUGCUAAUAAUGGUGCUCAUUUUUUACUUUGGGUGGUUCUCCUUUUAUAAGUAUCUUGAUCACCAACUAUUUCAAACAAAGCUGCUACUUUCAGUGAUGGACGUGAAUUCUCUAAUUGAAAAUUCUUAUAUAUAUAAUUUCUUAAAGAGAAAUGUUGAUUUAUGA